AUGAAGUCUGCUGCCGUCCUCACUUUUGGCCUGGCCUCGCUGGCUCUGGCUCAGCCUCGCCACCACGCGCACGUCCGCGCCCAUGAGAAGCGUGGCGAGGUCGACAAGCGUGCCAUCAAGACCGAGUACACGACGCACUGGGAGACCGUCGUCGUCACCGAGUACAUUGACCUCACGGCCACCAGCUGGGUCACUCCUGGUGCUACCCCUGCUGCUUCGUCAGCCCAGCAGGUCCCUGGCCAGUUCUUCGAGGGUGCUUCCUCGUCGUCGUCCUCGUCGCCGUCCCCGUCGCCGUCCACCUCGUCCUCCUCAACCACCACCACCACCACCCACUCGACGUCCACCACCACCGUCACCAUCUCCCCUGUCUCUCCCACGACGUCGUCGACCUAUGUCGCGCCCACCACCAGCACCCCUGUGGCUGCUGUUCCCACGACGUCGUCCACUGCUGCUGCUGUUCAGGAGCCGUCGACCCCCGCUUACGUCGCGCCUGCGGUCGCCACUACCUCGACCCCGGCUGCCGCUGCCUCACCCUCGACUAGCUCUAGCUCGUCGGGCUCCGGCGGGUCCGGCGGCUCCAGCGGCACCACCUUCACGGGCGACAUGACCUACUACACUGUCGGCUUGGGCUCGUGCGGUACGGACCAGACCGGCGAUGACCUGACUCAGAACAUUGUGGCCAUGAACGUCGAGCAGAUGGGCUCCCAGUCCAACGGCAACCCGCUCUGCGGCCAAACCAUCACCAUCUCUGCCAACGGCAACACGGCCACGGCCACCAUCAUGGACAAGUGUAUGGGCUGCGCCUACGGCGCCAUUGACGUUAGCGAGAAGGUGUUCACGGAAAUCUUUGGCAGCCUCGACGUAGGCCGCUCCCCGGUCACCUGGUGGUUCAACUAG